AUGCUUCAAGGGACCUCAUCUCGACUCCGGCCAUAUCUACAGAGAAAAGUGGUUGUGAAAGUUUCACAACUCGGCGACUGCUACAACUCUCUUCCUUUGCACCGUACUAAGACUUUGCAUCUGGUGAGGCAUGCCCAAGGAGUUCACAAUGUUGAAGGAGAAAAGGAUUUCACCGCAUACAAAUCUGAAGAAUUUUUUGAUGCUCAACUUACUCCUCUAGGAUGGGAGCAGGUUGAUAACUUGCAUAAGCAUGUUCAUGAAUGUGGACUUGAUAAGAAGGUUGAAUUAGUCAUCGUGUCUCCGUUACUAAGGACGUUGCAAACAGCUGUUGGAUCAUUUGGGCCCGGAGGAGACGCGGAUGGGACCAAUGUCACGCCACUAAUGGUGGCAAAUGCAAAAUAUAGUAAUCGUUCUGCAAUUUCAAGCAUAACUAGUCCACCGUUUGUAGCAGUGGAGCUUUGCCGAGAACAAUUGGGUGUUCACCCAUGUGAUAGGAGGAGAAGUAUAUGGGAAUAUCGGACCAUCUUUCCUGCGAUCGAUUUCUCACUGAUAGAAGAUGAAGAGGAUGUUUUGUGGGAGGCUGAUGUAAGGGAGUCGAGAAAAGCUGUUGCUGCCAGGGGAAUGAAAUUUAUCAAUUGGUUGUGGACUCGUAAAGAAACAGAGAUUGCAGUAGUCACCCAUAGCGCAUUCUUGCUUCAGACCCUCAGUGCAUUUGGAGACGACUGCCACCCGACAGUGCAGAAAGAAAUCCACAAUUGCUUUGCUAACUGCGAGCUACGUUCUGUGGUGAUAGUUGAUAAUGGUUUGAUAGGGUCGGAUACUUCAGUUACCAACUAUCCUGGAAAGAUUCCUAGCGGACUCGAUCUUCCUAGUGCUGCUGCAACCAACAAGCACCCAGAAAAAUGAGCACCAAAUUCCUAGAUUGUUUAUCUUGAUUUGAACUUCCAUAAUAUUGUAAAAUAUUUCUCCUGAAGCGGGCUAUUUUCGACAAGCCUAGAUUGAUGAAGCCGUUUACGCUUCAUAAUAUCUUUCUUUUGUUACUAUCUGAACAAUACACGAUCCAAGUGAUGUAUGAUCAACUGAAAUUAGAUUACAAGGUCUAACACACACUCGCACACCAUUGUCGGUUGAAUGAAAUUACAGUUACUAUCUA